AUGGACCAGAAACGUGUGACAACGCAAAGGAAACGGUCUGCCUGCGGGCAAUUGAGAACUUUGGCCCUGGAGUUGGGCGUUGAAGAAGGCAAUGCUCGUCUUGACAUGACAAUUCAGCAGUUUGAUUCCUUGGCAAAUGAUUUGGAAAUGCGCUGCACCACACCACAGCAGCGUGGGAAGUUGCGGCAAGUUGUAGCUCACUUACACAAUCGCCCUGCAGUGCCCCCUUUGCCUGGCUCAGUACCGGCGGCUGCUCCACGCGAACCAGAAGACAGAGAAGCGGCAGCGGCUGGACGGCAGUUCCGGCUGCGGCGCUGGAGUGCGACAAUGGAGCAGUCUCUCAAGUCUGAAGAGCCUGGCAGGGUCCAUUUGCAUGUUUUCAUGGAAUUUGGGCAGGCGGUAGCUUGGACAUCUUUGCGGUGUGUCGUCUUUAUGGGUGUGACGCGGCUCCUUGUACUGCCCGUGGCCCUCGUCUUCGCCAAGCUUUGGACCACGGAUCUCAUCGAAGAUUCCAAUACGGACAUGCAAAGGACUUUUAAGGUCCUACAAUUCCCUUUUGACGAACACCGCAGCCAAAUGGUACUUCAACUUCCGCUGUUGGUCGUUACCUAUAUCGUGCAUCGAUAUGACUGGAUGGAUUUUGGCAUAUUCAUCUUUCUGACCUCGGAAGAUCACGCUUCCGUUUCCACGGUCAAUUGGGCUGCGUGGAAUGAGUACAUGGAAAGGUACAGAGUCCGUAUUGGUUUCAUGGGGAGGCAGCGCCAAGUAGAUUGUGUGCGAGAACAUGAGCGCAAGCUGGCAUUUCAGGCGCAGCAGAGACAAGUUGCGGACGCAUUGGCGAUGCUGAUGCGCCCCUUCCGGCCAGAGGUGCUUAGCAGGCUGCAGCCUUGGGUGAGCCAAUACCAAUCCGUGCAGUUGAGAUACAAGUUCUUAGUUCUCCGUGGAGGCUCUCAGACUGGGAAGUCAACGUUGGCAAAAAGCUUGGGUCACUUGUUUGGGUCGCGCCGGCCAUUUGUUCAGACGGUGCAAAGUGCGGAAGCUCCAGAUUUGAAAGCUUAUAGUCCAGAAGAGCAUGGCUAUAUCCUAUUUGACAACGUGAACCACAUGGAUUUUAUUCUCCAUGAGAGCGCUCUCUUUCAAGCCAACAAUGAUCUGCACACCCUGGGAGCAUCGCGGACAGGUAUUUAUUCAUAUUCGGUGUGGCUCUUUCGUUGCCCUUUGGUAGUCACUGUGGAUUUGUCCGCUGUCUGGGAGGGAUCAGAGCCGUGGCUUGCGGACAACAUGUUUGAGCUGUUUCUCGAUGGCCCAUGCUAUUUGUGA